AUUAACAUAAAACCCAUAAAACGUCUUAAAACAAAACAAACAAGAUUGAAAUAUCGACAAUUCAUUGCUUUUUAGUUGCUAUUUUUGUAAAAUAACGCUUAAAUAUUUGUUAUAUUCGUGUUAAUUUUUUUUCUUAAUUUUCUUUAGUGAUCCCUCCAACGAUCCUUACAUUGCAUUUGAAGUAGGUUACAACACACGAGACUACGAUGGACGAUCAAGGAUGCCCACGUUGUAAGACAACCAAAUAUCGGAAUCCAUCCUUAAAACUCAUGGUCAAUGUUUGCGGGCACACGCUUUGCGAAAGUUGUGUAGAGUUGCUUUUUCUGAAAGGAUCUGGCUCUUGCCCUGAGUGUAACGUAGCAUUACGCCGUAGUAAUUUUCGGGUGCAAUUGUUCGAGGAUUCCAAUGUGGAUAAGGAAGUCCAGAUCCGGAAACGAAUCUUGAAGGACUUCAAUAAGAAAGAGGAUGACUUCAACACUUUGGAUGAGUAUAAUGAUUACCUUGAAAUGAUCGAAGAGAUAGUUUUUAAUCUAUGCAACAAUAUUGAUAUUAUCAACACCAACAAACGAAUUGAACAAUUCAAAAAAGACAAUAGAGAUUUGAUACUGAAAAAUAAAACGAAGCUCAGCAAGGAUGAGCUCGAGUUGGAGGAGCUUAUAGAGAUUGAAAAGGAACAGAGUGAACAACGUAAAAAAGAACUUGCGAUGAUCGAGGCAGAAAAUCGGAAACAGAAAGCCAAGAACAAAGAAGAUUUGAUAGAUUCUCUAAUGGCAAGUUAUGAGGACGCCAGUGCAAUUGUCGAUAAGUUUGCUCAACGAGCAGAGCAGCAACAGCUACCACUGCCUAAGCCUUUAGCGCCGCCGGCGCCAAAACAAACACAUUUCUCCACCGGCAUCAAGUUUCAGUAUCAACAACACGGAUUUCUUCCUCUACCUAAGAUAGAAGAGGGACCCACUUAUGUCUACGAGCCUCAAAUAUUCCCAAAAGAAGGACCGGCGACACCUACAUUGUCUGAUAUUGAUAGCAAAGGAUACAUAAGACAUAUUAGGGUGGAAACACUUUCUGAGCGUGCAGGGGGUUUCAGGACCAAUAUUUCAUGCUUACGAGCGAUACAGGACGCUCUUGUUGGACUUUACCAUGGCUGUUAAAAUACAAUAAAUGAGUAGUUAUAAACA